AUGCUACUAAGCUUUCUCCUUCUCAGCGUCUGGCUGCAGACUUGUCUCUGCGCCAACGAACAAUCGCACAUAGCCCCCGUUGUCCACGACAACGAUGUCUACACACCACUGGAAGCCCGUCUGCUUGACAUGGAUAACACCACCAUCCGUGGAAGGAUCAGCACUCAGGCCUCUCCCAGCGGAGUGGGCAUCAUAGUGCACGUCACCCUGUGGAAUCUCCCCGCAAACCAAUCCUGGCAAUACCAUAUCCACGAGAAACCCGUCCCUGAAAACGGCAGCUGCUACGCCACCGGCAAGCACCUCGAUCCGUACGGCCGCACCGACACUCCUCCCUGCGACAUCAAGAACCCAGCCUCGUGUGAGGUCGGCGAUCUCAGUGGGAAGCAUGCGCCGGCAUUUGUCGCGUCUGGCGACCCGUUCGACGUGCGAUUCACGGACUUUUUCCUGUCGAACACGCCGGGGACGCCGGCUUAUUAUGGGAAUCGCUCGGUAGUGGUGCAUGCACCCGAUGGAACGAGGGUUAAUUGUGGGAACUUUGAGAAGAGCGGAUUGUUUUUGUGA